AUGGAAGGGAUGGAGGCGGCGGCCCGACCUGCCGGCGGCAGCCUUCAAGGACCCAAAAUAGAGAGCAGAACAGCCAGCUCCAUGGAGGUGACCUCAACUGUGGAGAGAAGUGGCCCUGAGCCACAGCCAGAGAAUGGACACCUCCCAAGAUACUGGCCCUGUUCUCGAGAAGACAGAACACCCAGCCUGAUGGCCCCCCAGCCUCCUGGGGCACAGGGGAUACAGGUCCAAGGCCCCUCUGUGCUGGAGUCCAAGGUGAGGGCCUUGAAGGAGAAGAUGACAGCAGGCAAACAGGGGGCAAGCCCCUGCCUCACUUCUUACGAGUGGCCAUCCCUCAAGAAACCCAAGUGCAGACGAGUCAAGGUGGGUGGAACCAGGACUCCAUCACAGGGGUCUUCCCUACCUGAUGCCUUGGUGGUCCAUCAUGCUCAGAAUCCAAACGAUGGGUUGCUGGAUAGCAGCGUCACUGAGGUGGAGUCCACCAGGAACAGGGCUCCUGGGCCUCCCAGGUCGCCUGCCUCUGGGCUCCAGAGCUGGAACAGGAGGAGCCCGUGGCCUCCAGAAGCAGUACGGACACUGCCUGACCACGACAGGGCUGUGCCGCCAGGGCCCAGCUCUUUGCAAGAGAGCCCCAUGCACAGAGUCACUCCAAGCCAGCCUGAGGGCUCUGGUCCUUGUAACAAAAUCACCCACAGGCCCAGCCUGAGGAAAGGAAGGUCAUACCCCCUGCAGGAUGGUCUCGUCACACAGGAAGACCUGGACAGCUUGUCUCUGACGUCCGAAGAGGACUUCGUCCCCAGGCCAGCCCUGCUGGGGGAGCUCUGGAGAACUGGAGACCUGGGGGCCCUGGGCACCGGGGGCAGCACCUUGUCCCUGUCUGACCGUGUGGAGAGGAACCGCCUUCUGCUGCAGGAGAUGCUAAGUGUUGGGGGGCAGGGCCCCUCCAAGGUGGGAAGCCCAGCCUGGACUUCAUCCCGGGACAGAGCUGUGCCAGAGCGACUAGCAGGGGACGUGGACUGGGACUCCGGCAUCUCCCUGCAGGACGCUGACCAGAGCAGGACCUUUAGUCCCAAGCCGGAGCCCGUGCUGAGCCCCAGGCAUGAGGAAGCCAAGCAUCUGCUUCAGCAAGCCCGCAUGAAGGCCAGGACCCGGCCCGUCCGUGCCAGCCACGAUAUUGUGCCCACCCUUGCCCAGGGCAGCCGAGAUGGGCAGAAAAGCCCAGCCUUGGACCCGAGGAUGACCCUUGCCUGCAGAGACAACCUCCAGAAUGGGAACACGAGUGACUCCUCCAGUGGGGAGUCCAGCAGCGGGCAGUGGCCGAAGCGGGCCGCCUCCCCGUCCCACGUCCGCUUUGAGGAUGAAUCAGCCCGCGACGCCGAGUCCCGCUACCUCGAGCGGCUGCAGCAGCGUCAGCGCCAGGUGCUGAGCACCACGCUGCAACCGGCGGACCAGGGCCCCCUGCGCUCCAAGCCCGACCUCGCCGACUACGUCCACGGGGGCUGCCGGCGCCAGGACGCAGGAGCAGGGUCUCUCCACCUGCUGCUGGGCGGGCUGGAGCCCCGGGGCCUUCCCGCGCCGCCGCCCGCUCAGGGCAGUGAGAGGAGGUGCCGAGCCUGCGGCCACUGCAUCUCCCCCGACCCGAGGGUCCUCCGGGAGCGCGAAGCCGCCUGUGGGAUGGAGGGGGCGUUGGCGCAGCCCCGCAGCCCUCGGGGCCUGGGCGGCCCCCUCCGGCUCUUCCCUGCCGAGCCCGGACUCCACACUGAGUGGAUCCGGGAGACACACAUCGGGGGCCAGGCACGCCCCGAGGAGGUAGACUCGGCCCUGGACAGCACGGACACCUCCGACAGCUGCAGGACCGACAGUGAGGAGGCCGGGACCUCGCAGCCCAGUAGGGUCCGUGGCAGCAGCCCCCGUCUGCGGGCCUCCAGGACUCGGGGAGGCCACAGGUGGUUCCAAAAGGCUGAAAUGGGGCCGCUCCGGAGCCCCCAGGCCCCACACCAGCUGCCUGGGCUGGAGCUAGUGGAGGUGUUGGAUGAGGUGACAGAAGGCAUGGGACAGACGCCUGAGGGGACUUUGCUCCCCAGAGAAGAUGCUUUCUCUAAGCCUCUUGUCCAGGACUCUAAGAGGGCUUCCCUGGGGUCCCAGCCUGGAGCAGGGCUGGAAAAUCACUGGGCUCAGCCCAUGGAUUCCCGGACAGCCUAUGCUAUCGCCUCUUCCAUGAAGGUGGGCUCCUCGGGACCAGGCAGACAAGCCCAGAUUGUAGAGAGCCAAGAGUCUCUGGGAACUGACUCCCCGAAUCAGAGCCACACAGAGCCCUCUGCACCCCCCCAGGCCCAGCAGCCAACCGCUUCCCUCUCCUCCGAAGUCUGGGUGCCGACCCCUCCCUCUUCAAAGAAAACCACCUCCCCUGUGUCUCACAGAAAGUCAGCCCUGGCUGGACUUCGCAGGCCAGGUGACCAGGGAGAGCCUAUGGACACCUCCGUGCCUUCUUCCAGAAGCGUAGUUCCCAGGGCCUGUGAGCUCACCCGGCCGCAGCCCCAGCCCCGCAGCCCCUGUGUCACGUACCCACUGCGGGCCCCGUCCACCGGUCACUGCAACAACAGCACGCCCCAGGGGCUGCAGGAGCCCUGGGGAGGAGCCAUCCUCACGGGCAGUGGGGAGAAGGGCACCUACAGCCAGAAGCCUGCAGUACCGCCGGAGGACCACGGAGAUGGAGGACUCCAGGGCUGUCUCGCCUCAGCAGCUGUUGGCACCAUCAGCUCCAAGGGCAUCACCUUCUCCCCGGCCUCAGAGGAGACAGAGUCCGGCCAGGAACCAGAGGGCGGCCUGCAGAGGACAGAGCCGAGUUCUGUAGGGCAUGUGUCAUCCCGAGCAUUGCCAGGGGCCAGUGUGGGACCCAGCCUGCCCUCAGCUGCCCCUUCUGACAAGAACAAGAAAAGCAGCGGCAGCAUCUCCUCCACCCUGGGGCUGAAAAAGUUCUUCUUGGCCCUGACAAGUCAGGGCACAAGGCCCAAGCUGGGCAAGUCCCGCAGCUACAGUGUGGAGCAGCUGCAGGCCCCUGCGCCCAGCCCGGCUUCACACACCAGCGCCCCCAAAAUGAAGAGAGCCCCGUCGUUACAAUCCCUGCAUCCGGUGUCACCCUCUCGCCAACGUUGGAAAGCUGCCUCUUUUCAGAACCUCCAUUCUCUGUUGAGUGGCAAGGUGGACCGGUCCAACCUCUACCUGGUAGGGGAGCCAGGGCAUCACAAUGCAGCUGACAGGCCAGCCAAGGCGCCGCCCCGGCCCUCCCUCAGCGUGGAGGACGUGAGUGCCCCGGGCCUGGCUCGCGCUGUGGGCCGCAUGGUGGAGGUGUUCCCAGAUGGCACAAGCCAGCUGCAGCUACAGCGCUCCCCGGAGGGCACUUUCGGCUUCUGUGUGGCCUCUGGGAACGGACGCCGGGACUCAGGGCUCUACGUGCAGGAGAUGGCUGAUGAGAGCACGGCCAAGCUGUACUCGGGGCUGCUGAGAGUGGGGGAUGAGAUCCUCGAGGUGAACGGGGCCAAGGUUGCAGGGCUGGGCUUGGCUCACAUUAGGGAGCUCCUGGCCCACGCGGAGAGCUUGUCGAUCCGUGUGCUGAGGCAGAGGCCUGUCCCACAGUGA